CAGCGAUGACAGCUCGCUAAUCCACUGCGUUUGCUUCAACAGCCCAGCGCAAAGAGGAAAUCUCGAACACAAAGGCGACUCUUUCAACGAAACCGUUCCUUACAGAGCUGUCAACAUGAAGGCAAUAAGCCCAGUGAGGUCUUUCCGGAAAAGUAGCGCGACUGUGACGGAGCACAGUCUGGGAAUCUCACGGAGCAAGACCCCCGUGGAUGAUCCGCUGAGCCUGCUCUACAACAUGAACGACUGCUACUCUAAACUGAAGGAGCUGGUGCCGAGUAUCCCGCAGAACAAGAACGUGAGCAAAAUGGAAAUCCUGCAACAUGUCAUCGAUUAUAUCCUGGACCUGCAGAUCGCACUUGACUCGAAUUCGGCGAUCACCAGCCUGCAUCACCCGCGAGCAGGGCAGGGGACAUCCAGAACACCCCUGACAACACUCAACACAGACAUCAGCAUCCUCUCAUUACAGACACCUGAGUUUCAAUCAGAUUUGAUCACAGAGGACAGCAGGACACUUUACCGUUAAUCAGGUGUUUGGUUAAGACACAAGAACACACAGGACCUGGGAACUGGCUUUUCCUCCAAUUUUUGUUCUCAGUCUGGAGUUUUUUUUUUUUUUCUUCUUCUUUCUUUCCUGUAAUUGAAUCAAGAGACUUUUUUUUUUUUUUUUGCUUCUAAAAGGACAAUCCAUGUGAUGUGUUAUAAGUUCGGACAAUGAUUAUUUAUCUUCUAAAAAGACUUAUUUGGUCCUUUCUUCAAGAGGAAGAAGCACUAUUCCCUAAAAAAUAGGGGGGAAACCUGUAAAUGAUCGCAAGGAACCUUUUCUCUGCAUUGAGAAGAAGUCUUACCUUUUUUUCGUGAAGAACGUGUGAAUAGGAGACGACGUGGUUAGUUACUGUACAAAGUUUAAGUCUGUUUUUGUCAAUUCUUUUGGCACAUGAAGGACUGGACGUUGAAAAUGACAUGACGAAACCUUGUGAACUCUCUCUCUCUCAGAGUUUUAUCUUGUAUAGUUGCAGAAAUUGGACUGUCAGUAUCUGCAAAGUGUUAUGCUGUAUGCUGAGACUUUUUAUAAAAGUAAUAUUGUAAAUCGUACCUUUUUUUUAUACAAAAUAAAUCAAAUGCUUUAUUUGACACUGGUCUGUUCUGCUUGCAUCUUAAUGUCAAUUCUGCCAGUGUUGUGCUGUAUAUUCUUGACCUUGCCUUUUCUAUCCUGGUACUUAAACGCAUGUCACUGACCUUUCAUACGUGCACAUUUGCCCAUUACUGACGGGAACCUGCAUUAAUCUUUUACAUUGCCAUGUGUUUGUGUAAAGGUGCAUUCAUUCUAGUUCGUAAUGGGGGAAAUGUGCCAUUUCCUAAUAUAGAACUGUCCACAAAUCAUACGGCCUAGCAGUUUUUCUUGCGACUUUUAACCUCUUUCUGACUUCCUGUGUGGGGAAACUUGAAGGUGUCUGGAAGUAGAACAUUAACGGUGACCGUUUCCACAAGUUCUCUCAUUCGUAUGUUUUGAAAUGGCGGUUAAACUCAAAAUUGAGUUUUUGAUUUGUGAAAUUCAGUUUGUAAAAUCACUGUCUGUAGCGUUACAGUUUGUCCCCUAAUAAGCACGAAGGAAUAAAUCAGAAAUCUGAA